AUGUUGAGCAAGAAAGCAACUCUGUCAAGAACCGUCAAGCAUGCGUUCGCGUCAAUCAAGGCCCGUGUUCUUCACUGGCGACAAGACGGUAAUCUUCCCAGCCGCGUCGCGCGGACGGGAAGGCCUUCGGUGACUUUCGUGAAGACUCUUGGGCAUUUCUACAUCGUGGACAGGAAGCUCAGCUUAGUGGCCAUCCGCAUCCGAACAGGAAGGCGUCACCAAAUCCGGGCACACCUGGCUUUCGUUGGCCAUCCGACGGUUUGUGAUGGCAAGUACACCGAAGCGGAAAUCUUCAACGAAGAUCGGCAGUGGUGUCCCCGCAAUUUCCUGCAUCGCUACCGCCUGGCAUUCUUCGACUCCGAUGGCUCAGCCCAGGAGGCGGCGGCUGCCUUGCCUGCAGAUCUCUUGCCGGCAUUGCGAAAGCUUCGCCCGAGGAACAGAGAGUCAGCCCUGGCACAGCAGCACUGGCAGCAGGCAGCCGCAGCUGAUCUCCUAUCUUGGGAGAACCUCGUCCCACUGCUUUACACCUGA